UGACCAUCCUGUGAUAAGGUCGCAAACUCGGAAAAGUGUCGAAUCGAAUUGUUAGGGAAUAACUAGGUAAUUAGGUUGCGCACCUACUCUUUGUAUAUAAAUCACUAGAUAUCCUCUCAGUUUUUAAACCAAGGAGUGACAUUUAGCCGCCAUCAUCAAUUAUUUCCUUUUGCAUAUUUUUUAUCAUCUGAUAUUCAGCCGCUUCUAUAAAACUAUGCUCACGGUAACGUAACUGUAGACCAUGGCUCGGAUCCUACUCGGAAAAUCUGCAGUGCCAAGAUUGGAAGUUACCAAUGUCUCAUGGAAUUUCGGAUUUCAAAGUAACAAGACCAUAAAUCUGAAAAAAAGAGGCUUAUCGACUGCUUUGUGCCAUCAGCGCUCCGAUCAAAGAUAUGCCACUGCUUGCCUCCUAAGUUUGGACAAACCCAAUUUUCUACAAAGUCGCGUCGCAUCUCUCCACACAAACCUUUUUUCGGACCGGAAUCAUCAGGAAACCAAAAAGCCAGGAAAUGGAUUACUCUCCGCAAAUCAUUACGUCGCUCCUUGCCGUCAUAUUAGUGGGAGAGCCGCCAUCAAAAAUUUCUUCAAACUGCAGAAAGUGCCGAAGCGGAAUUGUUUUCAUCCUGGAGUCUCCGGGUUAAAUAGAGAGCAAAUUCCUCUGGAAGGUGAAAAAGUUAGCAGCAUGCAAAUGUUGGAAGCCAUGACCUCGUACAUAUGGCCUCAAGACCAACCGGAAAUACGCAAUCGAGUGAAAGUCGCCAUGGGUCUCCUUGUCGGUGCCAAAGUCUUGAAUAUUGGAGUUCCAUUCCUUUUUAAACAUGCUGUAGACAGCCUAAACACCCUAGCAUCCUCCAAUGGCGAAGCUGUUUUGAACUUCUCGAGUGCUCCGGAUACAGUUCUUUCAGCCUCUGUGGCUCUUCUAGUCGGUUAUGGAAUUGCAAGAGCUGGUGCUGCGGGAUUCAAUGAGUUACGAAAUGCAGUGUUUGCAAGAGUAGCCCAAAACUCCAUCCGACAAAUCGCCAAGAAUGUUUUCCUCCAUCUUCAUAGUCUAGAUCUUGCUUUUCACCUCAAUAGGCAGACAGGAGCUCUCUCAAAAGUCAUAGAUCGAGGCAGUCGCGGCAUAAAUUUUGUGCUCUCUGCGAUGGUAUUUAACGUAGUUCCUACAGUGCUCGAGCUAGCACUCGUAAGCGCAAUUCUUGGACUCAAAUGUGGAGGUGAAUUUGCCACCCUGUCUCUAGGCUGCGUGUCUAUUUACACCUUAUUCACUUUGGCUGUAACACAAUGGAGGACGAAAUUUCGAGUAUACAUGAACCAAGCAGAAAAUGAGGCUGGAAACAAAGCCAUCGAUUCUCUAAUCAAUUACGAAACCGUCAAGUAUUUUGGCAAUGAACAAUACGAAGCUGAUCGAUAUGAUAAAGUUCUGAGGAAGUAUGAGGCCGCAUCUCUGAAAACUAGCACAAGUCUUGCCAUGUUGAAUUUUGGUCAAAAUGCGAUUUUCAGCGGAGCAAUGAGCAUAGCUAUGGUCUUAGCAGCAAAGCAAAUAGCAGCUGGAUCCUUGACUGUUGGAGAUCUGGUAAUGAUAAAUGGACUCCUCUUUCAACUGUCUGUACCCCUUGGCUUCCUGGGGUCGGUCUAUAGAGAAGUCCGUCAAGCACUCAUAGAUAUGCAGACUAUGUUCACACUCAUGACGCAAAGUCCUAGCAUUAGGAGUAAAGUUCAAGCUCCAGUACUCAAUGUAACCCCAGAUAAUGCCUCAAUCGAGUUCAAGAAUAUCAAUUUUCACUAUGGCAAUGGGAAGCCCAUUUUCAACAAUCUGUCUUUCACUGUUCCGGCAGGAAAAAAAGUAGCCAUUGUUGGUGGCUCUGGAUCAGGGAAAUCAUCUUUAAUAAGACUUCUUUAUCGAUUCUUUGAACCAACCUCAGGUUCCAUUUACAUCAAUUCGCAAAAUAUCAGUGAUGUCCAAAUUGAGAGUCUUCGAAAGGCUAUUGCCAUUGUACCUCAGGACUCUGUUUUGUUCCAUGAAACAAUAUUUUACAAUUUAAGCUAUGGAGAUUUAUCAAAAAAUUAUGACCAAGUGCUGGAGGCUUCAAAAAUGGCCGACUUACACAAUUCAGUUACCAAGUGGCCCAUGGGUUACAAUACACAGGUUGGUGAAAGAGGUUUGAAAUUAUCUGGUGGUGAGAAGCAGAGAGUGGCCAUAGCUCGAGCUAUUUUAAAAGGAUCCCCGAUUUUAGUGUUUGAUGAGGCAACCUCGGCCUUGGAUUCUAUCACUGAACAUAAUAUAUUAAAUGCUCUUAAUCGGGCAACUGAAGGAAGAACGUCAAUUUGCAUUGCUCAUCGCUUGUCCACAGUGAUGGAUGCAGAUGAAAUUUUAGUUUUAGAGCAUGGGAAAAUUGUUGAGCGGGGCUCGCAUCGGGAACUAUUAUCCUCUUCAUCUAGUCUGUACUCAACAAUGUGGCGCAUGCAAAAUGAGAGUCGAGCCGAGCUGAAUAAACCUGGAAAAGAAACAUAAACAUUUUUUGAUAGAAAAUUUUUCUACGUUAAGGUAUUUUCAAUGUUACGUAAUGCUCUUUUUACAUGAAUUUUAAAACAAAACAGGCCUGUUGACAGAGCAUGCAGUAAUACAGCCAUCUGAAAUUUUGUCACCCAAGAGACAAUACUGCCAAAUGUUUUUUGUGACAAAGCGAUAGUAAUAUUCCUUAUGCUACAAAAUGAACAGCAUGGUUGUCUUUUCAUGAAAUGGAAUUCCUUAGGAGUGCGCCACAGUAGGAAUUGAGUGACUUACUGAUCAUCUGAUCUUCAUACACAAUGCCAGAAACAAUAUUUUUGUCUUUUCUCUGUAAAAAUGUUUGAAUUACAUAUUGAAGGCAUUGUUUCUUAUGGGGUAUUUUUUAAAUACUGACACUUGGUCCUACCAUUCCCUAAUUCAGCCCAAGUAAACUUGGCUAGAAAACUCAGUAAAUUAUUUUGGUGUCAUAAAUUAUCAAAGGUAAUUCUUUUGUCAUAGAUAACCACCGUGAUCAAGUGCAUGCUAAGUAACUUAUUGUGAUUAACUCAAAAAUGAAUGAGAAGGCAAUUAUUAUGAGCAAUUUUUAAGUUUUAAAAGUAAGCUUCUUCGAGUUUGCAACAGUGAAAACUGAUUACACUAUCAUAGAACUCAGGCCUAGUAGGGAUUAUUUAGCCUGACUGUAGUGUAAGGAUUUUUUUUAAAAAAAAACAGGAAGGGAUAUAACAUAUAAAAUCAAUAAUAUUCAAUUUACAUACUUUUCAGCUCUCUGGUCAAUUUUUAUUUCUAAUAUAAAGGUCUGUGAAAUAGAAUAGCAUUAUUUCCUAGCAAAUUUUUAUGAAUAUGUUGUCCCAUUGAAAGAUCUAUUUUAUCUGCGCGUCAAAAAGAACUUUUGAUUGAUCAAAUUAUUCAGGGUAAACAAAAAAAUCAAAAUUCACUCAUGUGUGAAAGUAUGUAAGGAUAUGUAUGUAAGUAAGUAGGAGCACUUUAUGGGUCCAAGGUAGCAAGAUGUUGAUAACAGGAGUAAGAUUUGUUCUUUCAAGCUACAUCAUCUGCAUGUCGUUAAGUAAUGAUAUAAAUACAAGAAAUUAGUCCUUCUUCUGUGAAUAAAGUUGUUUUACUGUUACUGAA